CGCCGCUCCGCUUAUAGCCGGGCGCUGGGCGGCCGGGCGCAGAGUGCUCGGGAAGCCGGAGAGGAGGCGGCACGGCGGUGGCGCUGCAGAGGCCGAGUCGAGACGCCAGGCGGCCGCCGGCGCGCAAGGCGCUUUCCAGCUCCCUCCCGCGAGGGUACAGCCCGCCUCCUUCAGCGGCGCCUGCAGCCGCGGGCUCGCUCUCGCCUCCGGAGCUCACUCCGGGAGCUGCUCCGCGGGUGGCGGGCGCAGAGUCCGCGACGUGGGGAUCGUGAGGCCGCGGCGAUCCGCCCGCGGUAACCAGCCCGCGAGCCAGAGUUACAUGCGCGCUCCCUUCGCCCGGUCAGUCGCUGUUGCUUCCUGGGGCUGAGACGUCCGCUCGUCCCCUCCCUACCCGGUGACCGAGGCAAGAACCCAGCCGGUCGUGCACUGUGGCUGGUCGCCACUGUUGAGUGGAAACAAAAUGUCCGUCAGCGUGCACGAGAACCGCAAGUCCAGGGCCAGCAGUGGCUCCAUUAACAUCUAUCUGUUCCACAAGUCCUCCUACGCGGACAGUGUCCUCACUCACCUGAACCUGUUACGCCAGCAGCGUCUCUUCACCGACGUCCUUCUCCAUGCUGGAAAUAGGACCUUCCCGUGUCACCGGGCAGUGCUGGCCGCGUGCAGCCGCUACUUUGAAGCCAUGUUCAGCGGCGGCCUGAAGGAGAGCCAGGACAGCGAAGUCAACUUCGACAACUCCAUCCACCCGGAAGUCUUGGAGCUGCUCCUCGACUACGCUUACUCCUCCCGGGUCAUCAUCAAUGAAGAAAACGCAGAAUCGCUCCUGGAAGCUGGCGACAUGCUGGAGUUUCAAGACAUCCGGGAUGCCUGCGCUGAGUUCCUAGAAAAGAACCUGCACCCCACCAACUGCCUGGGCAUGCUGCUGCUGUCCGACGCGCACCAGUGCACCAAGCUGUACGAGCUCUCCUGGAGGAUGUGUCUCAGCAAUUUCCAGACCAUCAGGAAGAACGAAGAUUUCCUCCAGCUGCCUCAGGACAUGGUAGUGCAGCUCCUGUCCAGUGAAGAGCUGGAGACGGAAGACGAAAGACUUGUGUACGAGUCUGCAAUUAACUGGAUCAGCUACGACCUGAAGAAGCGCUACUGCUAUCUCCCGGAGCUGUUGCAGACGGUGAGGCUGGCUCUGCUGCCGGCCAUCUAUCUCAUGGAGAAUGUGGCCAUGGAGGAGCUCAUCACUAAGCAGAGGAAGAGCAAGGAGAUCGUGGAAGAGGCCAUCAGGUGCAAGCUGAAAAUCCUGCAGAACGACGGCGUGGUGACCAGCCUCUGUGCCCGGCCCCGGAAAACCGGCCAUGCCCUCUUCCUCUUGGGAGGACAGACUUUCAUGUGUGACAAGCUGUAUCUGGUCGACCAGAAGGCCAAAGAGAUCAUUCCCAAGGCCGACAUCCCCAGCCCAAGAAAAGAGUUCAGUGCCUGUGCAAUUGGCUGCAAAGUAUACAUUACCGGGGGGCGAGGGUCUGAGAAUGGAGUCUCGAAAGAUGUCUGGGUUUAUGAUACCCUGCAUGAGGAGUGGUCCAAGGCGGCCCCCAUGCUGGUGGCCAGGUUUGGCCAUGGCUCUGCUGAACUGAAGCACUGCCUGUACGUGGUCGGCGGGCACACUGCCGCCACUGGCUGCCUCCCGGCCUCCCCCUCUGUCUCUCUAAAGCAAGUAGAACAUUAUGACCCCACAACCAACAAAUGGACCAUGGUGGCCCCUCUCCGAGAAGGGGUCAGCAAUGCCGCAGUGGUGAGUGCCAAGCUCAAGCUGUUUGCUUUCGGAGGUACCAGCGUCAGUCAUGACAAGCUCCCCAAGGUUCAGUGUUACGAUCAGUGUGAAAACAGGUGGACGGUCCCGGCCACCUGUCCCCAGCCCUGGCGUUACACGGCGGCAGCUGUGCUGGGUAACCAGAUUUUUAUUAUGGGGGGAGAUACCGAGUUCUCCGCCUGCUCUGCUUAUAAAUUCAAUAGCGAGACUUACCAGUGGACCAAGGUGGGAGACGUGACAGCAAAGCGGAUGAGCUGCCACGCUGUGGCCUCCGGAAACAAACUCUACGUGGUUGGAGGGUACUUUGGCAUUCAGCGAUGCAAAACUCUGGACUGCUACGAUCCAACGUUGGACGCGUGGAACAGCAUAACCACGGUCCCGUACUCGCUGAUCCCUACUGCGUUUGUCAGCACCUGGAAACAUCUGCCCUCUUAAACACAAUGCAUCCUAAAGAGAGUGAGCGUAAGUUUAGCUGACUCCAUCCCUCAAUGAGACAAGAUGGGAUCUCUACUUUGGAGAGGCCAAGCUGAAUGAAGAGAAAGAAAAGAAAAAGGAAAAGAAGUUGCUACAGUCCAAUCCACCACACCUUGUAAAUGCUUCUAACUGGACUUGAAGGAAGGGGGGGGGGGGAGGGGGGGUGGGGUUUUCAGUGCAAGAGGCACAUGGUUUAAAUAUGAAUGAACGAACCUGUGAUCUAGUCCUUGUCUUGUAAUUGUGGAUUAAUGUCAGCAUUAAUCAGCCCCUCAAAGGGAGAGAAAAGCCGGCCCUUUUCCCUUGCUGUACCAUGUUCAGCAUUUGAUUUCCAUGGGUUCCACCAUUUAUGUGUAAAAUUUGAAAUGGUUGUCACCUCUCUCUGAGGAGCAAGCUUGAAGCCUCCACACCAGCUGCUGUUGGAGAUUGAAAGCCCGACUGGGGGGGCCUGGAGGGACGCUUGCUGGGCUGGCUGCAGAGUGAGGACCAGUGGACUCCACGAUAAUCUCCGAGGGGCUGUGCUCCCCAGGAACGUUUCUGAACAAUGGGGACAUUGUUGUAGCUGUUUGGUAGAUGUUCUUUUCUAUUUAUAAGUGACUUUAAACUUUCCCUUGGCUGGUAAGAAAUUUGUUGUAGAUUUAGCUAUUUAUUGUUUGAGGCCUGCAUGCUGAAACAAUGCUUACAGCUGUCUUCACGUGUAUGGACGCGUGUGAACGGUUGUACGUUUUGCACAAUUUUGUGGCUGUUAUGACGUGCUCUGCUGCACAAAAGUGAAAACUUUGGAGUUACAAUUAGGAAUAUAACUGGAGGGUGGGUUGGGAAGGGUGGGGGGUGGGAUUUUGUAAAUGUCAAGACAGGGAAGGAUUACAAGACAGAAACUUAAGUUACAUCCUAGAGGUAGAGAAAGCAUGAAGGUCAUUUUUCUCAGACUCAUCAACUUUGACUGGGGUUUUGUGGGCUGUGGUCCUGCCAAUGGCUCCUGGGGCAAGAGAAGGCUUCUUUCUGCCCUUCUCCUUCCUGUCCGAUUCACUUGCUUCAAUCUCAGCUACUGAAAUUUGGAAAAAGGACCAAAUCGCUUGGCAGUUGUUUUUUUUUGUUGUUGUUGUUUUUCUCCUCUGUGUAAUAUCCUGAAAUCCUGGAAAAUGCUAUAGACUAGUUCUGUAUAUAGGGCACAGGUAAAGGCAUUGUCCAAAGUUUAUUUAUUUAUCUAUUUAUUACCCUAUGAGAAUGCUUGGCCAUAACCACAGUUAACAGGAGAAAACGGAACACUCACCGAUGGAAAUUAAUUCACUCACCGGAUUUACUUGACCUGGAUGGGUCCUUCUCUCUUCCUGCUGUAGGGUUUAGCAAGUGCUAAAAGUUCUCCAAGGCAAUAUUCACAUGGGUACAAUGUAUACUUUAGCGCUCCCUCUUAGGUAAGUCUCUAAAAGAACUCUUUGGUGCACAAAAGUGACACAUAUGGCCCCCAAACACCAAAGAAUUGUAAGCAGUGGCCCUUGCUGAGAGGCUUUCUGGGAGAGUUGGGAAUCAGUUGUGAAUACGUUCUUUGCUAGUUCAAGUGCUUGUUUCCUAAACACGUGCCGUGGUAGUUAUUAGUGGUAGACUCAUAGGUGCUUCCUCACAGGUGUCCGGGGAAGCUCAGAAUUUGCAAUUCGCACUGCUUUCAUUGCUGUUUCUCUCAUUACCGUAUUUUAGAAAAUAGGGUUUAAGACCAAUAACCUUUGACAUAGUGUGUUUGCAUUGUCUAAUGACAGAUGAAUCCUUCACAUUUCUGUCCGCCUGAAUAUAUUAGACUAACUGUACAUGUCUGUUCGUGCCGUGAGUAAGUGGGUUAUAGUUGGACCAAAAUAAAUGAACGGUUGGAAUCAAAGGGUCUCAAUACUUUGCGGUAGUCAGCCCCUCGCUUCUAGAUGUGUUCUAAUGCAGCGGUCCCCAACCUUUUUGGCACCAGGGACCGGUUUCGUGGAAGACAGUUUUUCCACGGACCGGGGUGGGAGGCGUGGGGAGCGGUUCAGGAGGUAAUGCGAGCAGUGGGGAGCGGCGGGGAGCCACAGAUGAAGCUUCACUCGCUUGCCCUCCGCUCACCUCCUGCUGUGCGGCCCGGUUCUUAAUGGGCCUAGGACCGAUACCAGUCCACGGCCCGGGGGUUGGGGACCCCUGUUCUAAACAAUGCAAACGUCUGAUUGUACCCUGGCAGUAUAUUGUAGCAGUUACAGCUCCGUAGUUUAUGAUGCAAAUCUGCCAACAUGUGGGUGUCACUGCGUGGCUUUUGAAAGCAGGGUGAAUUUUUUGCAGUUGUUUCAAAGUUGUGGUCUGUCCUUGAAUUCUCUAUUAAUUGCUGUGUGUGAGCCAGAGGGAGCUGUGGUCAGGGUGGGCCCCCAGCCUGCAGGGAACUUUCUGGACUCCCCACUCUUUGAAUUGAUGGAGGCAUUUGGGCUCACUACUUGACCAUUCUCACCCUGUGAAACGUCCUACACUUUGAAGCAAAUACAAUUCACAGCACAGUGCACACAAAAACCUUGGCAUAAGACAGAGAAGGUUCUUCUUAUUCUGUGGACUGGUUGCUGUGGAAACGGAUAACAAAGGGCAGCCUUCCACUUCUGGUAUAAUUGUGUAGCCCCCUUUUCUCUGGGCUUGACACCUGUCUGAAUAAGAAUGAUUAGAGCUGAAUAAUAUCCCUCUCUUGACCAUUGAAUAUGUGGUUCACAUACAAAACUGUAUAAGUUGAAGAAGUAAAGUGUUCGUGUUCAUAUGUACUUGUUCGCUACUACAUUUUUGAGGUUUUGUAAAACUGUUAUUUUUUUUUCACAAUGUGAAACUGAAGGUCAAAUAAAUUAUUAGAGAUUUUCUCUUCA